UAGAAAAUAGUACCGUGCAGUAGCGAACAUGGCCGACAGCAAUAAGUGCGAAGGGUGUCACAAAACUUUACAUGACGGUCAACACCUCCGGUGUGGCAGGUGCCCAGCAGCAUAUUGCCUCGAGUGCGCGAAUGUAGUGGACGCGGGCAGGUACGUCACAGCAGCCUGGGUAUGUGUACUCUGCAAGAGUAAGCAACCAAAAGGCGACAAUAGCAACACACCGGUUCGAAGGCAAGAGGAAAACGCGGGCCCAGCGACGGGCAUUUUAAGCGGCCUUAACGAGGCUCAGACAUCAUCUAGCCUCACGACACUUGGUUCAGCAGCUGACAUUAAUGCAUCUUAUGUCACAACACGUCGGCCUCCGCGGCAUCUAGAUCUCUCAGCGGUGCUCGCAACGGAUGCGUCGCUUACUGAGGACACCAUGCAUAUGGACAGUAUUAGGGUGGCGGUUCGCGACGAGCUGGAACGUGUCUUCAAUGAACGCAUGGCCGCCAAAAUCGAGGAUAUUGUCUCCAAACACAUGGCCCUAGCAGUUAAUGAUAUUGUGUCGCGUGUGAACGCAAACGUGUCUGUGAUUGAAAAGCGUCUUGAGUCCAUUGAAGUCAGUCUAUCUACUGUUGCUGCUCCAGGUGUGUCUCCUACUUUCCCUGCGGAUAUAGUGGCGGGAGGGAAGAAGCAGGGCAAGCGAAAGGAAAAGUCAGCAAAACAGACAGCAAAGAGCCCAGGUAACAACUCAGGGACGAAAAGUUCUAAACAAAACCAUAGUUCGAUAGAAGUAGUAACAUCUCAGGAUCUCCCUUCGCGCCACUCCACUCAUAACGCAACUGCUAGUUCUAGCACGAAACCUGCAUCCGCGAGUGAAAAGGGGGAUAACGUACCGGUUAUUUCAGAGCGGGUGAAUCAGCAUGUGCUUAACGGUAAUAAGGAAGAGUUAAAGCGGCGCAAGUCUAGUGGAGCGGCGGAAAAGAAGAAUGAGGGCGUGCAGGCUAAGGAUGCAGCUGUUGCAGAUGUUCAGGAGCCAAUCGUUGUCAACAACACAGAGGCACCCAAGGAUACUAGCCCAGGGCGUUCGCGUAGCUCUCUUACAGGUGUAAUGCGGGGAACUGCAGCCGUAGGUAGCACCACACUACAGGCAGCUGAAAGGCGGCAUUACCUGCACCUUUACUAUGUUAAGGAGGGAACUACUGAGGAACAGGUACGGCAGCAUCUUAGUGAUAUUAAUAACAGUGAUAUUUGUGGUGUAACUGCGCUAAAAGCGCGAGGUAAUUACGCGUCCUUCAAACUUAGCGUACCACCUAAUCUUGUUGAAAAUGUUAUGGCAAGUGACAAUUGGCCCAAGGACGUUUGCAUUAAGCCGUGGCUUCAGAACUUUCGUGCAAAAAGUUAAUAAACCAAGAAAUGAUAAAACUGUUUCUAUCUAUUAUCAAAAUGUGCGAGGGUUGCGAACCAAAACAGAAGAUUUUUUAAAUAAUAUCCUAGUUUGUACUUGUGAUCUUGUUGCGUUAACUGAAACAUUUCUGACCAGUUCUGUUAGCGACUCGGAACUCUUUCCCCCUGGCUUUGUAGUGCUACGUAAAGAUCGAGCACGCGACGUUGGGUGGGGAGGGGUUCUACUCGCAGCAUCAAAUUCUCUCACUUUGCGCCCAAUUUAUGAGAUAGACGGAAUUACAGAGGAAAUGGAGUUAGUAAUUGCUACAGUUCAAUGGAAAAAUGUUAAGUUCCUGUGUUGUGUAGUUUAUCUUCCACCAAGCUACAAUGAUAAUCAGUACUUAUCCGUUCUAUCAU